CGGCGGGCGGGCGGGCGAGGUGACAGCCCGACUUGGACGCCAGGCCCGGCCGACGCCGCCAUGAGCGCCGCGCUUUUCAGCCUGGACAGCCCGGCGCGCGGCGCACCCUGGCCCACAGAGCCCGCGGCCUUCUACGAGCCAGGCAGGGUGGACAAGCCCGGCCGAGGGCCCGAGCCAGGGGAUCUGAGGGAGCCUGGCUCCACGACCCCGGCCAUGUACGACGACGAGAGUGCCAUCGACUUCAGCGCCUACAUUGACUCCAUGGCCGCCGUGCCCACCUUAGAGCUGUGCCACGACGAGCUUUUCGCCGACCUCUUCAACAGCAACCACAAAGCGGCCGGCGGGGGCGGCCUAGAGCUGCUGCAGGGAGGCCCUACGCGACCCCCGGGUGUGGGGUCAGUCGCCAGGGGUCCGCUCAAGCGCGAACCCGACUGGGGCGACGGCGACGCGCCCGGCUCCCUGCUGCCGGCGCAAGUGGCGGCGUGCGCGCAGACGGUGGUGAGCUUGGCGGCCGCGGCUCAGCCCACUCCACCCACUUCGCCCGAGCUUCCUCGAGGCAGCCCGGGGCCGAGCCUCGCGGCCCGCCCUGUCCGAGAGAAGGGCGCGGGCAAGAGGGGUCCGGACCGCGGCAGCCCCGAAUACCGGCAGCGACGCGAGCGCAAUAACAUCGCUGUGCGCAAAAGCCGCGACAAGGCCAAGCGCCGCAACCAGGAGAUGCAGCAGAAGCUGGUGGAGUUGUCGGCGGAGAACGAGAAGCUGCAUCAGCGCGUGGAGCAGCUCACGCGGGACCUGGCUGGCCUCCGACAGUUCUUCAAAGAGCUGCCCAGUCCGCCUUUCCUGCCCCCCACCGGCGCAGACUGCCGGUAACGCGCGGCGUGGGCCACAGAGACUCUGAACGACCGAUACCUCAGAUCCCGACCGCGGGAGCAGGUGCCGCUCGAAUCGCUAUAGUUUCUUUGGGGCGUGCGAGCAACAGGAAGCUGCAGCUUGGGCACUGGACUGCGAGAGACGCUAUAAGAAUCUUUCCCCCUUAAAUUAUUAUUAUUUUUUUUAUAUAAUGGUAGCGUUUUCUACGUCUCAUUACCAUUGCAGCUAAGGUACAUUUGUAGAAAAGACUUCGGACAGACUUUUCUAGAUAAGAGGAAAAGACUGCACAUGCUUUUUAUAUUCGUUUUUACAGUAUUUGUAAGAAUAAAGAAGCAUUUAAAUCGC